AUGGAGGUUUUUGGUAAAUCCACGAUGUCUGCUCCUGCCAAUGUUGUUUAUCUCUCCACUAUCCUUGGCCUUGAUGGCCCAAUUCCUGUCCACAAAUGUGACUGCAAGUGUCAGAAUGAACAUGUCUUUGGCAACAUGUACCGUUGCAGGCUCACUGGUCUCACUCACAUCUGUGACAAGAACUGUAACCAGAGAAUUUUGUACGACAACCAUUCUUCCCUUUGCCGGGCUAGUCGCCAGAUUUUCCCCCUUUCCCCAGCUGAGGAGCAGGCUGUCAGAGGAGUUCGCAGGAAGCUCGAUGCUGAGAAUAGCAGUGCUCCCACUGAUAGCUGUUCUUUCAAGCGCAGGCGUGAUGCACAGUUUCAUCCUUCUCCUUUCGAGAGAUCUUUCUCUGCUGUCAGUCCAAUCUGCAGCCAAGUUGGAGAUGGCAUGGAUAUGAGCUAGAUAUAAUAUAUCGUAUACUUGAAAUAACCCUUUCUCUUUCUAUUCGUAAUGUUCCUUUGAAGUUUUUCCUUUAUAUGUUUCAUGAACGGAUAUGGAUGACUUGGAACUUAAUGUUGGGUAAUUAUUACGGUGGACCAUAAGAGUCCUCCUCUAUGUAGGAACGUUAUAUUUACUUUUCAUGUGUAAUGCAAUUUAGCGGUUCCAAUAGCGUAGCUUGACUUUUGAUAGGGGAUCUUGAACUCGCUCCAUCCACUCUCUUAUGAACCUUGAGUUUAAUUUAGUUUCAUUCAAGCCCUUUAAUUUAGUUUCAUUCAAGCCCUCCUCUUCAUUUUUGAACUCUUAACAAACUACAGGUGCUUUCAGGUCUUUUGGAAGACUUUUAUAGUAUAGUAUUGAUUUUUAGCAAUAUGAUUUACUUCAAUUUGCAAUUAUUUUGUGUGUGUACCGUGUUUUGAUCUGUUGUUGUGGAUGUGCUUAUUUGGUGCACGUUUGUUUUGUUACCUUUGUAUUGAUUUUACUGAGCUUCAUCGGUCUCUGUUUUUGCUGUUUGAGUUUAUGUGCUAAUUUUUCUGUGCUAUUUCUGUGCUUUAUGAUAUUGGAUGGUGGUUGUGUUUGGGUGCUGUUGGUUAUGCAGCAUAGUCUUAUCAGGUUAUUCAGUUCAAGGGUCUUUUUUGUAUUGUUCUGUGGUCAAACUUACUUGCUUCUUUGCUUUAUUUUGUCUGGUUUAUUGCAGGCUGAAGACAAAUAUUGCGGUGAUUACUUGCUUUUCUUUGUUGUUGUUUACUUAGUUUUGCUUUUCCUAUGAUGAAUGCUUUCCUGAAUGUACUUUUAAUUUUGCAGGGGUUGGAGUUUAUACAAUUCAGAAGACUUUAAAUAUACCUUUCUGUUGUGAUUAAUGAAUUGUUUUGUUCGAGAAUAUUUCUGACAAUAUAAAGCCUAAAAGGGAGUUUAUUUUAUCCUUUACAGGAAUUCUGUCAUUUCUUGCUGUGGUGAAUGAUGCUGCGUAGAACUGCUGAUGGAUUGAGAAGAUGCUGCACUUAUCUGCAGUUCACCCCUCCAUUGUUGAAGAAUUGAAAUUGAGAUACAUGAUCGUCUUAUAUUGACUGCUGGUUUGUUUUUUAACAGAUCAGCGCCUCUGCUUUAUGAUACAGAUGGAACUUAUUUGGUAGGACUAUCGGGCUGUGAAUGCGGAGGCAAAAGUUUUAUAAUUUUGGUGAGCCUUGAAGAGCAGCUAGCUAAGUUGUAAGAAGCGCUGGCUUUAACCUCGCGAAUGCAUCGAUGCCAAGCGAAGCGCUGGCUCCGGCAUCAGGAAUCAAGAUGAGAACAGUCUGCAAGUCCACAUGGGGCUACCCCCUAUCAUGGUUUACUUGUUAAUGGUGUUAGAGGGAGUUGAGCUUUUUGUAUCUGGGCUGGUCUGAAGCUCCUGAACAAGUACAUAGCGUCCCCUUCUGGUCUGAAACCACCCUGUUCUCGCCUCUUUUUUUUUCCCCAAAUGGGGGGAGAUUGUUGCAUUUUGCAUAAGCACUUGUAUCCUCGAAUUCUGAUAAUGGCCAAGAAAGAAUGCUUUUCCUUGUUUCUCGUCAA